AUGCAUUUGUCUUUUUGUAAAUUAUUGUUCAUAUAUUUAUUAUUUUAUUUAAAUGAAAUACUUAAGUGUCAUAGAUAUGUACGUGAUGCAACCUAUAGAUUACGAUAUCUAAAAAGAGAACUUCUUAUUAAUGAAUUUAAUAAUCUAUCUCAAAAUCCUUCUGAAAAAAUUAAUGGUAAUAAUUUAUAUUGUAAUUACUAUGUAAAAAAUUGGCCAAAUUUGAUUAAUGAUGUACCAAGGUAUACCAUACCAUGUCCAGAAGUUAAUGAUAAAUGUGUCACAAUUACUGGUACAAAUGAUGGAGAGACAAGUUUAUGGGAGGGAUGUUUUUCAACUUCAAAAAUUUUAUUUAACUAUUUAAAUACCAGUUGUAAUGAAAAUAAUUGUAUUAAAGUUAAUGAUAAAAUACAAAAUAGAAAUGGAAUUUCUUGUUGUUGUGCAUCAAAAAUGUGUAACCACGAUUCAUUUAAAUCAAGUGGUAAUGUUUCAUUGAUGAAUUUACUUGUUUAUUUUGUUUUUUGUAAUUUUGUUUUCAUUAUAUUUUUAAUUUAA